AAAUUUGCAUCAACAAGAAAAUCAUACAUGCAAACAAAACUUCUACUUCCAAUUUAAGAAAACAUAUGAAUGCAAAACAUCCACACCUCUUGGACACCAUAGAUAAAAACAAAAUUAAAUUGUCAAAGAAACGUCCAAAUGAAGAUUCUGUAAAUAAUAUUCCAAAUAAACAUCAUACAUUGGAAAGAUGGGGCGCUGGGAAUUCAAUCGCUACUCAGAAAGGACUAGAUAAAGCAAUAUUACAGUUUAUUAUUGAAAAUAUUCAACCUCUUUCCAUUGUAGAUAGUCUAUCAUUUAUCAAUUUGAUUAGAAUUGGACUUCCUUCACAUAUCAAUAUAAUGUACAGAAAGACAUUAAAAGAAAGACUUUGUCAAAUGUAUCAUAGAAUGAAGAAUGCCCUAGAAAAAAAGUUGACAGAAAUAGAAAUAGUUGCGACAACGGCAGAUUUGUGGAGCAAAGGAAAAAGAAGUUACUUAGGAAUGACUGUACACUGGAUUAAUCCUGAAACUUUAGAAAGAGAAUCGGCUGCACUAGCUUGUCGCAGGAUAAAAGGCAAACAUACAUACGACGUUUUAGCUCAGGCAAUUAAUUCAGUCUUUCUCGAAUACCACAUCCAAAAUAAAGUAUGUGGUACAACAACCGAUAACGGAUCAAAUUUUGUUAAAGCUUUCCAAAGUUUCCAGAAGGAUGAAGAUGGAAAAUAUAUUAGUACAGAAUUUCAUAGUCUAAGUGAUCUUUUAAUUACUGACGAUGUGGAAAAUAUAGAUCCAGAAAAUUCAUUUAUUCUUCCACCACAUCAUAGAUGUGCGAGUCAUACAUUGAAUCUUAUAGCAGUAAAAGAUUCUGAUAAAGCUUUAGACAAUAAUGCUAUAUAUAAAAAGAAAUAUAAAAUAAUAUUCGCUAAACUAAUAAAACUUUGGAAUAAGCAAAAUCAGUCAACACGAGUAGCUGAUAAAAUAAAGAAAAUUUGUGGUGUUUAUUUAAAAACUCCUGUAAUUACCAGUUCCGUAACUAAACCGAGCAGUGUUCCAAAUCCAUUGGCCAUCAAACUCAGCUACUGA